GUCACGGUUUUUGGCGCGUGCCACUAUGUUCUAAUAAAUAGUUCGUACCCUAUUAUUCUCGCCUCAGCCUUUACGCCUCAGCCAUCACGCCCAGCCCUCACAUCUGGCGCAGUCGACCCCGAGCCUCAGCCAAGCCAUACAGCCACGGCAGCGCAAGAACGCCUUUCGAACGCCAGCGUCGAACGCCAGCAACAACGCCAGCGUCGAACGCCGGUCAGUACGCCUUCUCAACUGCAUCCGUCAUUGUACUUACGCACUCACGCCGCCGAAGACUCACGCCUGAAGAUACUCCUGCCAUUUUACCGCUCGUCUGUGUAAAGCACGGCCGUCAUAGGAAGAGUGCCGUGAAUGUUGACUAGCCCUAGUCGACAACUAGGCUUAGCGAUCACUCGCCUAGUCUCCCGUGCGCCCAGCCUCGUUCCGCAACGCCAUGCCGGGAAUUGUGUGGCAGAAUCUCGACGCGGUGACCAUGUCGCGUCUCGGCGUCGACCUUAUACGCGAAGAAUUGGCCCGUCGACAGCUGGACCUCACAGGUUCGAAAGAGGAGCUCGUUCAGCGUUUGCAAGCCGACAUUCAGCAGCAGCGUGAAGCUACCCCCCCGGUUGAAGCGAAUGAAUCCGCCUCGAACGCUGCGGCGUCUUUGACGCUGGACCCAGCCACUCUACAGAGCCUCACCAUGCUGUUCCAGCAGCUACCUCGCCCUGCAACAACGGUGACGACACUGCCAGACCUGUCAUCGUCCAUCCCGCAAUUCGCUGGUUUGCACAGCCACAGUGUCAAUACAUGGCUUGACGACGUACGACGAGUACAGCAGCUCGCCUCGUGGGACGACGCCACCACACGCCUGAUCGCAGCUAGCAAGCUGAAAGGCACGGCGCGAGACUGGCAUCUCGCGUUCGGCAACCAGUACAGCACCUGGGCCACGUGGAGUGCCGCCCUGAAGGACACAUUUUGUACAGAAUUGUCCCUCAUUGAGUGGCAAGAGCAGGUCAUGAGGGUAACCCAGGCCCCAUCCGAAAGCUUGCACCAAUAUGCCUUUGCCAAGUUGAAGACCAUUGAGCGUUGCCCCGUUAAGCUCUCUGAGGCCCAAAAGAUUGACUCUUUCCACAAGCCAGACCCAAUUUCAAAGACUGCCUGCAACGAGAUACCUUGCCUUCGUCAGAACAGCCACCAUGGCAAGCCUUAG